AUGUCUUCAGAGGACAGCAGAAUAGAGCCACUCCCCCCGGAAGUUGUGGCGAAGAUUAAAUCUUCAACUUCCAUAACCGAUCUAAACAGAGUGGUUGUGGAACUCGUCAAGAAUGCCCUGGAUGCAAAUGCACAUACGGUCUCCGUAACGGUUGAUUUUCACCGCGGGGGAUGUGUUGUUGAGGACGACGGUGAUGGGAUACCCCCGGCCGAAUUCGAGACGGACGGGGGACUAGGGAAAGCACAUCAUACCUCGAAAUUAAAUUCAGCAAGAGCUGUCUACGGUCGUAGAGGGCUAUUCCUCGCUUCUCUGGCUUCUCUGUCACUGUUGACGGUGACCUCACAUCAUUUCCACCACGACAGCACCAACAGUGUCAUUUUCCAUCAUUCGACUCCGAUCGCACGCUUGAUUCCAGCACCAUCAUCGUAUCAGUUGAGUUCCAGCGGUCGUGGGACGCGCGUCACUGUCAAUGACUUGUUUGGCAAUAUGCCCGUACGCGUGAAAAGUCGGGCCCUGGCCCUUCAGAAACCCGAUGAAUUCGAGCGGCAGUGGGAUAAUCUCCGGCGACUACUCGUUUCUUUGAUGUUGGCAAAUGACCACAUCAGUAAACUGGUGGUCUCUACCGCUGGGAAAGAGAGGAAGCUCAUGAUUCGCUCGCACGCUGGAGGUCAAGAAGUAAGGGGAGACUUGGAUAUCAAACGCAUCGCUUCUAUACUUACUCAGGCUGGUCUGAUUGAAUUGCAAAACUCUGGUAGCUGGAACUCAGUGUCAGCAUGCGUCCAUGGGAUUUCGAUGCGCGCCGCUGUAUCCCUUGUGCCGUGCCCCACGAGGAAGGUUCAGUUUAUCUCCAUUGGGAUUGAUCCCGUCUACCCGCGCAACAGCACGGACCUGCUCUAUAGUGAAAUCAACCGCUUGUUUGCUUUGUCCGAUUUUGGUGCGGUUGAAGCGGCCCCUGUAAGCAGCGACGGAAACCCAGGUCCUAGGUUUACAGGCAAGGCAGUGAACAAAUGGCCGAUGUUCUACAUUCGCAUAGACGUCGAUGAUCCUAGAGAACUCUAUGAGGAAGACCAUGAGGUGGUACCGGAGUCAAACCAGUCCGUCCAGCGUCUUAUUGAUGUGCUUGCGGCCGCGAUAAGCGAGUUCUUGAAACAACAUGGCCUACGACCGCGUGCAGGGCGGCAAACGAAAGGUGCGUCUAGGUUCGCGAGCGUUGAGUCGCCAGGGGCCGGCAGAUCCAACCUUGCGAAAUCGGUAUCUUCACACGACAGAUCUUCCAUUGCUGAAGAAGCCUUGGCAGGCCAGUUGAAGCUGCCGACCUUUCGAAGGCCGUCGUCAACGAACACUACUUCAGAUUUUGCGACUUGGUCUAGGGUCAAAUGUGCGAGAGAGCCGCCUGCUGGUAAGCAUGAAUUGGCCGAUGGGUGGAAGAAAACAGAUUCAAGGCCUGCUUCGGAGUACCAUGAUAGAGGAUCGUUGUCAAUUUGUCUAGAGACAGAUAAUUCAUCGGCCGGUAACUAUCUGGAGAUUACUGGAAACGAUGGGUCGGAUGUUGAUGCGUCGAUACCGUGGACUGACCCCCAUACCGGACGUACUCAUUUGAUCAAUGCAAGAACGGGCCAAGCAAUCAACGUUAGAUCACCAUCUACUGAAUUUAAUGUCGACGAACGCCCCCUGUCUGCCGGAACAAUUCAGACACUGCGAGCGGUCGAUAGGUCAAGGCCAAGCUCGGCAAUCUCGAGCACAAGUCAUAAUAUCUGGGUUGAGAACCUCCUGAGACGAUGGGAAAACCCUGCUUUCAGUCGACCGGAAAGACCAAUAACCGCGAUUGGCGACGGUGAAAGGCACGGAAAUACGAGUGAUAAGGGCCUCAUUCAGCCUUUGGACGGCUCGGCAGAGUCUUGCGGAUUGGAAGAUUUUGGAUUGGCGAAAUUCCGAGGCCGAUUAAGCAAGAGUCACCUGGCGACGGCCAACAUCAUUGCACAGGUGGAUCGAAAGUUUAUCCUCGCAAAGCUUGCUGAUGGCCAUAGCUCACAGUCGGUCCUGGUCUUAAUCGAUCAACAUGCUGCGGACGAACGAUGUCGAAUUGAGAGCCUUUUUGGAGAAAUGUUCGCUAACGGUUAUCGUCAAGUUCAAACCAUCAGGAUUGAUCCUAUUACUUUUGAUAUCCCGCUAAUGGAAGCCACUCUUUUUGGAAAGCAUGCCGACUUUUUUGCAUCUUGGGGUGUUGGGUACACUGUUAAGCGGAAAUCAUCAGCUAGAGCUGCCCUCGUUGUAGUGCAUUCACUUCCAACACUGAUUGCUGAGCGGUGUCGAUUAGAACCCGACCUGGUCAGCGGCUUGAUCCGCGGCGAGAUAUGGAAACAUGAAGAGAACGGACGGGGAGCUUUGGCUCUCAGUGAUCAACGAACCCAGAGAUCCAAGAUACAUCGGGACGAGUUGGGGGUUGAGACUGAGGACAACUGGGUGGAACGAUUGAAGAGUUGCCCUCAGGGGAUAAUUGACUUACUGAACUCUCGGGCAUGCAGAACAGCUAUCAUGUUCAAUGAUAUGCUGACGGCCGAGGAGUGCAAAAGUCUUAUAGGUCGACUGGCGCGAUGCGUGCUGCCUUUUCAGUGCGCUCAUGGACGGCCAUCUAUGGUCCCGAUUCUUGAUGUGAGGGAAGGUGAGGAAUUGUUAGGACAGAGUGCCGAAUGCGAGUAUGAAUAUGAAAGGGAAGAUGGUCGACGACAGCCGAAUUUCCCUGAGGCUUUUCGAUCGUGGCAGGCUCUUGGUGAGCACUGA